UUAUCUUAUAAACUUAACAUGUAGCACUUUGAAAACAAUAUACAAACUGAAAUCAAAAUUUAAGAAGUAAGUUUUUGCGUUAGCGGUGAUAAAAGUGCAGUUCAAAUUUGCGCGCCAAACAACUUGCAUUUCGAUUAAACAAAACGAUCAGGGUAGAAUUAUUAUAAAGGUGAGCGAGCGCUAUUAGCGGCAUUCAAGAAUACUGUUAAGUUCCUUGGUGAACGAGAGUUCAAAAACGUGAUCUGUAUAUAAAAACAUAUUAAUUUGGAUAUUUGGAGCGAGCUCCUUGAGUUAUUUUAGUUAAACCCGAAUGGACUGCCAAUAGCCAGGGCUGGAAACAAGUUUGGCCAUCGAAGAACGCUCUCGCCGCACCUUAGAAUAAUUCUACCAUGGAUCAGCUGUUUAUUCGGGAGUUCGGUGUCGUGUAAAAAUUUCUUGCAAAAAAUAUUCCUAGAUAAACAUUAAACAAUUAAUUGAACAAUUAAGCGACAUUUUCUGCAAUUGUGGCAUUCGGGUCGUUUUGGUUCUUUUAGUUUUCUUUAAACUGUUUGCUUUGAACUCUGUCAAGGACACUUGCGUUUUUGUUCUAUCAAUUUACCAGCGAAGAAGAACCAACUAGAAAUGGAUAUACUCAAGAAAAUGUUCAAAUCGCAGGAGGAAAAGAAGCAGGAGGGUGCCGAUAUAUCCGCAUCGAACAAGGAUGAGUUCCGGAAGCCGCAGUGGUUCGAGGAGGCCGAAACGGACGAUGAGCUCUUCGACGAUGAUCGCAAGUUCGCAUUCCAAGUGUUCACCAGUCCACUGGAGAUGCAGAAGCACUUUGAGCGGCAGAUGCAGCGUCUCCUCGAAUCGAUCGAUAACGAAGAUCAUGAGCAUGAUGAUAAUGAUGAUUUCUAUGAUGUCUUGAAGCCCGGUUUUGAAAGCUCGAUUCUCAAGAGAUUUGCUCGGCAGCAUGAUCAAUCUCUGGACACGGAUUUGGAUGGCGAGAUCUACGCCGAUCAGAUGCAGUCGCUCAUUCAACGUCUGAAUCCGAAGAAGGGACAGGAGCCGGCCGACGAAGCCGUUGGCAACAUUUUGCCCUCCAAUCAGAGUCGCCUUAUAAAGAGCCUGAAGAAGGCUAAGCUGACGGAUGAGGAGAUCAUCAUGGGUCGCAUACAUGGCACCAUCACAGCCGAUGGCGAAGAGGUGCCACAGGCUCGUCCAUCCCGUCCAUACGUCGGGAUGAAGCCGGAGAUCAUGACUCCGAUGACGCCUAUGUUGCCGCGCAGUGGAAUGACGCCAUUCGGCGGGGUAUUCGAGGGAAACUAUCAGGGUCCGAAGAUGUUUAGCCAGAGCGUGAUGACCCAGACGGUGCGCAAGCCGGAUGGCAGCUAUGAGACCACCAAGGUGGCCCAGGAUGCGACUGGGCACAAGACCACCACGGUGACUCGCAUGAAAGAUGGGCGCACGGAGACGGUGGUCACCCACGAUGGCAAGGCUGCCAAGGCCAAGCCGCAGAUGGGCUCUCUGGGCGAGCAGCAUGUGGCGUAUGCCGAUCGCAACCUGUUUGUGACAAAAGAAGGCUAUGCCAUGCCACGGAACCUCUGGUGACCAGUGGUGAACAACUAUUGCCCCAAUCAAGACAAGCGAUCUCUGCUGCAACGCCAGCAUCAGCAUCAGCAGCGUCAGCAGCAGCAGCAGCAACAGCAACAACAGUAUGCAGAUAAGCUAAAGCGAUUCGUCGGCAACAUAGUCCCACCACAUCCACACAACAUCCAAAUUAGAACCUACUAUAUUUUAGUUUACAUUCUCCUUAGUGUUUGGUGUUUUAGAUGAAACUCAGUUGAGACAACAGAUGACGACGAUUAUUGACCAUGAUUUUAUUAAGCAGCGACCGCACAGCGUCGUUGUGUAUUGUGAGCAUGCGCACCCCCAAUGCGCUCCACACACACACACUUUCAGUUCCCAGAACAGAACGUUCCCUGGGCUGGCAGGGGGAGUUUGCACCCCCACACGCGGCUGAGAGAAGGAAUGCAGUGCAGUGGAGCAGCAGCUCUCGAUGGGAGAGUAGCAGGAGCAGGAGCAGGAGCGGGUGCAGGUGCAGGCUCGUGUUGAACGGUGUGAACGUGAUUUUCAGUUUGACAAGUCCAGCCAGACUGAGGCCCGGUUCGGUCAGCGGGCUUCAGUCGCCCAAAAAAAAAAAAGAGAAA